AUGCUUGCUCCACCCGUAGAUCAAUUUUCAAGUCAGGACUUGCUGAUUAAAUAUGUACGAGAAUUUGGUGCUUUUAAUGGCUAUGGUGUAUCCAUCACGAGGUCAAAGCCAAAUAAGGUUUACUUAGGUUGUGACCGUGGAGGAAGUUAUAGAAAUCGGUUGAACCUUACAGAUGAAACCCGUAAAAAAAAAACAAGUUCUCGGUUAAUAAAUUGUCCAUUUUCGGUCUGUGGUAAAGAAGAAAACGGUCUGUGGAUGCUGUCUAUUCGUAAUCCAAAUCAUAACCAUGGACCAUUAGAGAAUAUAAUGGCUCAUCCAACUCUUCGAAGAAUGAAUAAGCAAGCACAAGAUCAGGUAAAAGAAAUGACAAGGGCUGGUGUCUGUCCUCGUGAAAUAUUGUCUUCCCUUCAUCAGAAUGACCAUUCAAUUUCAGUAAUCUCAUGGGACAUAUAUAAUCUUUGUACAAAGAUUCGCUUAGAAAAUUUGCAGGGUCGUACACCCAUUCAAGCACUUUUGAAGGAGCUUGAAAAUGAUCAGUAUGAAUAUGACUAUCAGUACGAUGCUAAUGGGCAUGUAACGCAUCUCUUCUUCUCCCACCAUAAGUCUAUUAAACUGGCACGUACCUAUUCUUCUGUCUUAUUUAUGGACUGCACUUAUAAAACGAACAAGUUCGGAAUGCCUCUUCUUGACGUUAUUGGUGUAACUAGCUUCAAUACAACAUUCUUCAUAUGUUUUGUAUUUCUUAAAGAUGAAAGAGAAGAAGAUUAUAAGUGGGCACUUUCUCGAGUUUCUCAUUUAUUUGACGGAAUUAAAAAACCCAAAGUUAUUAUUACGGACCGGGAGUUGGCUCUUAUGAAUGGAAUUAGACAAAUAUUUUCAGAUUCCAAAAAUAUUUUAUGUAUAUGGCAUGUGGAGAAAAACAUAUUAGCCAAAUGUAAAACUCAUUUUCAUAGUGGAGAAGAAUGGGAGGAAUUUCUUCGAUGUUGGACGGGAAUAACAAAGUCAAAAACGGAGGAAGAUUUUAUUGUUAAUUGGUCAGAAUUAUGUAACAGAUAUAACGAAAAUUAUCCAUUAAUAAUUAAAUAUAUUCAAGACACAUGGCUACCAUUCAAGGAACAAUUUAUUAGUGCAUGGGUUGACCAUUGUCUUCAUUUGGGAAACACAGCUACAUCUCGUGUUGAAGAAAACCAGCAUAAAGAGAUUGAUGCAAUGGUUGCCAAAGAUAAAACUCAGAUUCCUCAUGCUCAAAAUAUACCUUUUUAUGCUCAGUUGGUCACUAAAAUUUCUUUAUUCGCAUUAAGAAAAAUACACGAACAAUUUCUUAAAGCCUCACGUGCAACUCCUGAUAAUCCUCUGGGACCUUGUAAUAAUACUUUCAGCUCAUAUAUGGGUCUUCCAUGUGCACAUGUCAUUCAAGAGUGCUUUGCAGCAAAUAAAUCAUUAAACCUUACCGAUAUUCACCAACACUGGUGGAUUGAAAACCGCCAAUUAACUUUACAAAACAAUUCUGAAUCUGAAUCAUUUAUACCUUUGUUGGAUCCGAAAGUUCAGCGUACUAGAGGGCGACCGGUUGGUUCAUCUAAUAAAUCUCUAACUUCUACCAAAAGAAACCCAUCGGCUUUUGAGUUAGAAGAAAACGGCAGGAGAUGUACUAAGUGCAAAGGUAUCGGCCACAAUAGAAGAACAUGCUCUGCCAUGAAUGUGGAUUAA